ACUUCCCCGUCUUUCAAAAAUCUCCAAGUCGGUGUUCUUCAUCUUUCUUCUCAUUCACGAACCUUUUUCCACUUCGGCCUUGGUGAAUCUUCAGAUUUCGCUGUUGUACUUCCUGAACAAUAUCCUGAGAACAUGAAGCUCCAGAUUCUGUCGAGCGGCUUGCUCGUUGGGCUGGCUUCGGCCGGUCUUGCAACUCGGGCUCGCCAGGUAGCAGACUGUCUUGGUGAUCAUGACGUCCCCGUCAAGUGGGAGAACUCACCAGACUAUGCCGAGCUUGCUGAGCCUUUCAACCUUCGAUUGGCUUAUAAGCCGAAGGUCAUUGUUCUCCCUACUACUGAUCAGCACGUCCAAGACGCAGUCAAAUGUGCCCAUGAAUGCGGUCUCAAGGUUCAGGCUCGCUCAGGUGGUCAUUCAUACGCUUCAUUCAGUUCAGGUGGCCAAGAUGGCUCAGUUGUGAUCAACCUCCAAGGUCUUCACGAGGUCUCUCUUGACACGAACACCAACGUGGCUAAGGUGGGCGGAGGUGUCCGCCUGGGUAAUCUUGCACAGGGUGUCUGGGAUCAAGGCAAGCGGGCAAUCUCGCAUGGUACUUGCCCUGGCGUCGGCAUCGGUGGUCAUUUCACGCAUGGUGGCUACGGUCAUACUUCCCGCAACUGGGGUAUUGCCUUGGAUCAUAUCGUAGCACUCGAUGUUGUUCUGGCCGAUGGCACUCUUGUCAAAGCCGACUCGACUUCCAACUCUGACCUUUACUGGGCCCUCCGUGGAGCUGCUGACUCUUUCGGUAUCAUUACAAGCUUCUACCUCCGCACUCAAGCAGCUCCCGAGUCAGUGACUUACUUUUCUUUCCAAUGGGCCGACAAGCUCUACGGAAAGCAAGAAGACUUCACAAACACCUUCCUCCACCUCCAGGAAGUGUCCCUCAACAAGUCUGUCAUCGACAACCGCAUUUCAUACGGCAUCUACCUCGAUGGCACCAAGACUUACAACCUCGGAGGAACUUUCUUCGGUACACCCGAAGAGUUCAACUCAACCAUCCUGCCCGAGAUCCUUCGCAGUGUGCCCACCCCCAACAACACCAUCGUUCAAGACUAUGGUUGGAUUGACUACCUCAAGCUCAUGUCCGAUAUUAACAAUAUUGUCAUGCCGCUCGAGGGCUACGACGAGCACGACACCUUCUUCGCCAAAUCCAUUACCGUCCCAGAGAAAGACGGCGGCCUCACCAAGGACACCCUCGAUGCCUUCUACGACUACAUCCACGCAGGCGCACCCAUCGACUACUUUGUCAUCAUCAACCUCUACGGCGGCCCCGGCUCCGCCAUCAACACGAAGGACACAACAUUCGCCGCCUACGCUGACCGCGACUCGCUCUGGGUCUUCCAGAACUACGGUAAGACAGACAAGCAGGAGGGCAUUGAUUUCGUCAACGGCAUCAACGACGUCAUCGUCAAUGCGCAACCGGAGACGCACUUUGGCGCUUACCUCAACUACGUUGAUCCUUCCUACAGCCGUGAGCAAGCGCAUGAGCUGUACUAUGGUACUGAGCUCGCCAGCUCGCUUCAGCAGCUUAAGUCGAAGUGGGAUCCUCAAGCCACUUUCUGGAAUCCCCAGAGCUUUGAGUAG